AUCCUGGAACACCAACCAAUGGCAUGAUCAUUUUUAGUGAUGGGAUACUUUUCUCAUGCUCUGUCAUCUAUGCCUGCUGGGAAGGUUACAAAACAUCAGGGUUAACUACUCGACAUUGCACUGCCAACGGAACCUGGACUGGAAGUGCUCCAGAUUGUUCAGUUAUAACCUGUGAAGAUCCAGGACCAAUUGCUAAUGGUUUUCAGAUGGGAAAAGACUUUACAUUUAACAAAACAGUGGCUUAUCAUUGUAACCCAGGUUAUCUGAGAGAUCCUAUCACUUUGUCACCUAUGAUGUGUGGCAAAGAUGGUAUCUGGAACCAGACAAAACCAACAUGUAAAGCUAUAUAUUGUGGUCAGCCACCUCAUGUUGCCUUUGGGAAACUUCAAGGGUCAGAUUUCAGCUGGGGGUCCAGUGUCAGCUAUACAUGUGUUGAGGGUUAUCAGCUGUCUACUCCUACCGUUCUUUCUUGUGAAGGAAGAGGAACAUGGAGAGGAGAAAUUCCACAAUGUCUCCCUGUGUUCUGUGGUGAUCCUGGGACUCCAGCCGAAGGACGUCUCAAUGGCAAGAGUUUUACCUACAAAUCUGAAGUUUCUUUUCAGUGCAGACCCCCCUUUAUUUUGGUUGGAUCAUCUAGAAGAAUUUGCCAGUCAGAUGGCAUGUGGAGUGGUAUUCAGCCCUCUUGUAUUGAUCCAGCUCAUAAUACUUGCAGAGACCCUGGUACACCUCAUUAUGGCAUGCAAAACAGUUCCAAGGCCUACGAGAUUGGGAGUACUGUCUUCUUUAGAUGUCGCAAAGGCUACCAUAUCCAAGGCUCCACUACACGUAAUUGUCUAGCUAAUUUAACGUGGAGUGGAACUCAGCCAGAAUGCAUCCCUCAUGCAUGUAGGCAACCAGAGACCCCUAUACAUGCUGAUGUGAGGGCAAUAGACUUACCUACUUUGGGAUAUACUUUAAUAUACACUUGCCAGCCAGGAUAUUUUUUGGCAGGUGGGUCGGAGCACAGAACAUGUAAAAGUGAUAUGAAGUGGACAGGCAAACCACCGAUUUGCAAAAGCAAAGGUCUAAGGGAACAUAACACAACAGUCACAAAGACUCCAGUCCCAUCAGAUGUUUUUUCAAAAAAUUCUGUGUGGAAAGGAUUUUAUGAGUACCUCGGGAAGCAAUAUUCAGCAACUUUAACUGUUGACUGGUUCAAUAACACAAGCAGCAAAGUUAAUGGAACAUUUUUAGAUACUAACAACAGUGAAUUAAAGUUAUCAGGAAUUUAUAAGAAAGAAGAAGCCCAUUUGCUUUUGAUAGCUUUCCAGAUAAAGGGUUCAUCAGAAACUUUAACAAAAAAGUUUCAAAAUGACCACUGGGCGAUUGAUGGUUAUGUAUCAUCUGGAAAAGAAAAGAGUGUCUUUAAAUAUCAAGGUGAUAUACAAUCCAAGAAUUUUGGAAAGUUCAUAUUUCAAAGACAAGUUUCUCAAAACAUCAAUGACUCUUCUAAUAACUACUAUGGCACAAACAGCAGUUCUGUAGCAGCUGCAAUCUUGGUACCUUUUUUUGCCCUAAUACUAUCGGGAUUUGCCUUCUACCUUUACAAACACAGAGCAAGACCCAAAGUGCAAUACAAUGGAUAUGCUGGUCAUGAAAAUAGCAAUGGACAAGCAUCAUUUGAAAACCCAAUGUAUGAUACAAACUUAAAACCCACAGAGGCAAAAGCUGUUAGAUUUGACACAACACUAAACACAGUAUGCACAGUGGUAUAGCCUUUGGAGUCCAUUAAGACUGAUUCAUAGCCAUACCUCUGAAGGACAAACAAAAAAUUCCAUUGGUGCCCUAAACCAAUACUCUCUGCUUUGCAGCUGCAAACUCAAACACCAUUGGUCAGCAAACGGUAGAUACAUCUUUGAUGUCCAUUGAAUGAGUUGAGUCUUCUGAAGAUCACAUGAAGAAUGUUCCUUUCUUUAAAGGAGGAUUACAAUGCCUGUCUGCAAUCUUCUUGCCAUUGAGGAAUACGUAAGGAAGACAAACAAAUCAUACCAGUUGUUAUUAUGAUGCCACAUAUUUGUGGUUGGAUGCCUUUCACUGCAAUAUUUUGGGCACUCAGAUAAAUCCUCAGCUACUUUGAUGAGUGAGAUCAUCAGAGUGCAUAUAUUUUUUGUAUCCCAACAAACAUGAAUGUCCUGGAGGAGUAAAGACACACACUGAAAGUAGAGGACAACCUUCUGUAUGGUUGCACAUACAUUAAAUGCUUUACCAUGAAAUCAGUGACACUAUGUGACAGUUAAAAUGAACCAGAUUUAUGAGACACUGUUGUGGACUGUUGUGCAAUGGGUGGUUUGCUAAUCUUUCCAUUCAGCUGGCAUUGCAAAAUAUUUCUGCACAAUUUUUUGCACUAGUAUGUGUGAAAUGAGUGAGUUUCAUCCUAUCAACAAAAACAGGGUUUAUAAUGACAAUGUUCAAUUGUUUCAACUCAUGUUCAUGUUACACC